AUUCACGAGAUUCUCGCUUCCAGCUUGGACUCUCCCCCCACCUGGCUUGAUACAUUCUUAUCAGCCCUGUCUUCGAUUGGCGUGCGCGUCGCUCGGUUUGUCCCUCGCCCUCGCCGUUUCUGGACCUCGUUCCUCGGUAGUCACUCGUCGGCGUUCAGGCGAAGCGGUUCUUGUGUCUCGUCCUCGGUCGGCUUCCUCUUCUUGUCAUCCGCAUCAAAGAACGGUGUCCUUGAGCGCGUCAUGGCAUCCGUAUGCAUAAUCGGUUCUGGUAACUGGGGCUCGGCUAUCGCAAAGAUAGUCGGCGCGAAUGCGAAAAAGCAGAGUAGCUUCGACGAUCGCGUCACCAUGUAUGUUUACGAGGAAAUUAUCAAUGGGAAGAAGUUAACAGAGAUCAUUAACGAGACACAUGAGAAUGUCAAAUAUCUUCCGGGACAUAAAAUUCCUGAAAAUGUGUCUGGCUCCAAAAUACAAAAUGUAAAUGAAUCAGUACAAAAUUGA